GUAGGACAAUGACAGACCGGACCUAAGUCAUUUCAUGGAGAGCGGAGAGGGUGAUGAAGGAUUACAGGAACUGGAAACACUGGGUGUAUUACGCUUGCUGUCCAGAUACGCCCUACCUUGAUAUCAGUUAUCACUUCCUCUUGCUCCGCCUCCCUCUUUAUUUCAUCAUGAAUGUCAUCAUCCCCUGCAUGCUGUUCUCCUUCCUCACUGGGCUUGUGUUCUACCUGCCCACAGACUCUGGUGAGAAGAUGACACUCAGUAUCUCUGUCCUGCUAUCUCUGACUGUGUUCUUGCUGGUGAUUGUUGAGUUGAUCCCCUCCACCUCCAGUGCUGUUCCACUCAUUGGCAAAUACAUGCUCUUCACCAUGAUCUUUGUCAUUGCCUUCAUCAUCAUAGCUGUGAUUGUCAUCAACACACACCACCGCUCCCCCAGCACACACACUAUGCCUGCUUGGGUCCGCAAGAUCUUCAUAGACACCAUUCCAAACCUGAUGUUUUUCUCCACCAUAAAGCGACCAUCCCAGGAACGACAGGAAAAGUGUCUCUUUCCUGCAGAUUUUGACAUCUCUGACAUUUCAGGGAAACCCAUGCCAGCCUCUGUCACUUACCACUCUCCCAUAACCAAAAAUCCUGAUGUGCGUAGUGCCAUUGAGGUUGUUAAAUACAUCGCAGACACCAUGAAAAGCGACGAGGAGUCCAACAAUGCUGCAGAGGAAUGGAAAUUUGUCGCUAUGGUCCUGGAUCACAUUCUUCUAUGUGUGUUUAUGGCGGUGUGUAUUAUUGGCACACUAGGAGUGUUUGCCGGACGCCUGAUCGAGCUCAGCAUGCUGUGAGAGCCCAAAGGCCCAAAUGAAGCCAGGGACUGGAGUGCCUUGACUCUCUGCUGAGCUGUAGCAUAGGGGAUGCCUGAUCAGACCAGAUGUUAAUGGAACAGUGAGUUUAGUCAACACCUGGAAAAUAAAACGCAUACACUGUUUUUUUCUCUUCAUUUAAAGUAUUUGUGUUAAUACGGUUGCUU